AUCCGCCCCAACCUCUCCCGUGCUCUCUCACAUCCAGAUUCUAAAUUGGUUUGGAAGAAUCUCCUCUUUGUUUUGUGGAGGGAACGCUGCGCUUUUUCCGCUUUCUUGCUUGAGCCUCAUCGUUCUUCAUCAACUGAAAUGGUAGGAAAAUGGAGGAGAGGGCUGGGUUUGAUCUCCUCAAUUCUUCUCAUCUUUGUCAUGGCAGCUUUGGUUUCGGCUGAUCGGGGUUUAAUCAAGCUCAUUCCGGCCGUGGCGAGCGAGGACAUGGAUGAGUCGAGCUAUUUCAUGAAGGUUUUGGGUUUAUUGAAGCGAGCUGAUAGAUCUCGGUAUCAGCAUGUUUGGCCGCCAUUGAAAUUCGGAUGGCAAAUCGUAGUUGGUUCAGUGAUUGGAUUCUUUGGAGCAGCAUUAGGGAGCGUGGGAGGUGUCGGUGGUGGAGGGAUUUUUGUUCCCAUGCUCGCUUUGAUCAUUGGGUUUGAUCCUAAAUCUUCUACUGCAAUGUCGAAAUGUAUGAUCACAGGUGCCGCCGCUUCGACUGUUUACUAUAAUCUGAGGCUGAGGCAUCCUACUCUAGAUAUACCGCUCAUUGACUAUGAUCUUGCUUUGCUUUUCCAACCUAUGCUCAUGCUUGGGAUUAGCAUCGGGGUCAUCUUCAAUGUAGUUUUUCCUGAUUGGAUGGUUACAGUUCUUCUGAUCAUCCUCUUCUUAGUUACCUCUACCAAGGCAUGUAUAAAGGGUGUUGAGACAUGGAAGAAGGAAACAUUGUUGAAGAAGAAUGCAGCGAAAAACCUCGACUCUAAUAGUGAGAGUGAAGAAGUAGAAUACAGGCCACUUCCUGGUGGUCUAGGUAACAAUGCUCAAAGGGAAGUUAAGUCAUCUUCUGAAGAGGAGUUUCCAAUCUUUGACAAUGUCUCCUGGAAGGAGCUCGGCCUUCUAUUAUUUGUCUGGAUAUCCUUUCUAACACUUCAGAUUUCAAAAAACCAUACAGGAACUUGUUCGGUUUGGUAUUGGGUGCUGAAUUUUCUACAGAUUCCAGUUGCUGUUGGUGUCAGUUUAUAUGAAGCUGUUAGUCUGUACAAAGGGAGAAGAGUGAUCGCAUCAAAGGGAGAAGUAGUUACAGAGUGGAAGAUUCAUCAGCUUGUAAUAUACUGCUUAUUUGGUGUAUUUGCUGGCAUAGUUGGAGGAUUGCUUGGUUUAGGAGGAGGAUUUGUUCUCGGCCCUCUUUUCCUGGAGUUAGGAAUUCCACCUCAGGUGUCAAGUGCUACGGCAACCUUUGCUAUGACGUUUUCUGCUUCGAUGUCCGUCGUCGAAUACUACCUUUUACGUCGUUUCCCGGUCCCGUAUGCUUUAUACUUCGCUGCCGUGGCCACAGUUGCGGCUUUCAUUGGCCAACACGUUGUGAGAAAGAUCAUACUUAUUCUGGGGAGAGCUUCUAUCAUCAUCUUCAUACUGGCUUUUACAAUCUUUAUAAGUGCUAUUUCUUUAGGCGGGGUUGGUAUUUCGCGGAUGAUCCAGAAGCUUCGACAUCAAGAGUACAUGGGAUUUGAAAACCUUUGCUUUGAAUACUAACAGGUCGCUAUGCAUCAAUUGUAUUAUCUAUUGAUAAGUUUCUAUUAGAUAUUUAUUUCAUAAUUAUAGGAUUUUAAUCUGUUAGGUUUCAUUUGGUUAAGAUAUUUUUUUGUAAGGGUCUUUACGUAGGUGUUGAAUGAAGGGAUUGGAGGGAAGCAAAUAAGUUUUGCUUGGGGUUUGAUUAGAAACAUAAUUAAUAUGAAUUUUUAAAUUAAAUAUGUUUAUUUUGAUUUUAUUUCUCA